AGAACGUGUGUCGUCAGGUUAAUAAUAUAAUUCUACUUUUUGUUUUGUUACGUCAGACCACUUUCCAUAGAAUGUCUAUCGACUUGCUUCAAUGUAGUCCGUAAUAAGAGAAUGGAGAAAUAACGUCAACAAGUCGACAAUAUUGGGAAUUAUGGAUGAAUGAAGAUUAUUUAUGUGUUUGUAGUGUUUGGAAUAAUUUCUAAAUAAGUUGAAAUGUAAACCAGUGCCAAGAAUGAAGAUCUUAUGUCACAUAAAUUUAAGAUCUUCGCAUAAAUCUUUUGGGGGAGUUUCUUAAAUGUAAACAUGUACAUUCACAGUGUACGUACGUUAUAGUAGACGAAAUUACCUGUGAAUUUGUCUAUAUUAUAAACCUAUAAUACAAAACACACCUGUGGGUAACACCUGUAGUGUGGUAAUAUACCUGGUUUGGUUUUAUUUGACUGUGUUAAAAUACGGUUUAAAGGACUUGGGUUGUGGAUUCACGUAGACGGACAGCGUGAUUCAAUGUGAAUUACCUGUGUUUUAUAAAUGUACACUCAAUGAUAGUUAAGACUGUAUUUAAUGUUAUUUAAUUGAAGUGUCGCCUACAGGUUAUUUAUUCAGUUGAUAAUGAAUUUCAAGAACGAUAACUCCGACUGUCUUAUAUGACCCUAAAAGAAAAUUUAUAUUCUUUUAUUCGAAAAGUUAACAUAAAAAGUCUCAAGAAUGCCAAGUAAAACUACUAAAGAGGGCAACGCCCCAACACCAAGAUUAUAUGAAGCACAGUUUAAUGAUCUUCAUUCAAACUGUCUUGAAGGAUCAGUCGAAGAUAUUAAAAAUUUCUUUAAGAAAGGAAACAGAAUAAAACAUUAUGACAGUGGAUUAACUCCCCUACACGUGGUUGUUUUGAGUGGAAGAAAAGAUGCACCAGAGAUAAUAGAUCUUUUAUUAGAACAAGGUGUAAAUAUUGAUGCUGUGACAACUGCUGAAGAAAAAACCGCAUUACAUCUAGUGACAGAGAACGGGGAAUUCCCUCCAGCCUUUAAUAUUGUUGUUAAAUUAUUGGAAUGCAAAGCCGAUACGACACUUAGAGACAGGAAUUUACGAACAGCGUAUGACUUAGCAUUAGCCAGAGAUAAUGACGUACUAGCUGCAGCUCUGGAUGGCACCAUGGAAACAGAGGAACUUAAACAAUUCUAUUAUAAGAAAAUGGCCGAAACUUAUGGGCCAUAUCUAAUACAAGCUGUUAUAGAUAGUGAUGAAGACUCAAUUAGAAGAAAUAUUGAUUUUCAUGCUGAUCCUAAUACACUUAACAGGCAUGGGGCUGGUGCUAUCCACUAUGCUAUCACACAUUGUAAAUUACCAACACAGAAAACCCUGCAGAUGUUGGUCGAUGCUGGUGCUGAUGUUAAUCUUAAAGAUCACGAGAACGAUACAGCUUUAAAUCUGGCUAUAAAAACAGAACGAUUAAAGAAAGAAGGUACAAUGACCAAUGUGGUUUCUAGUCUAUUAAAAUGGGGAGCAGAUCAAACUGUUAAAGAUUUGGAUGGUCGAGACGCCUAUGAUUCGGCCAAUAAACGAGGUUACAAGGACAUCAUGGCGCUGCUCAAAUCAAAGCCAGCUAAUCGGAGAGAGGAUUCAUUUAUUGCCCAAACACCUAUUCCUGAAACACCUCGUCGUACACCAGUAGAACACCCAACAGCUCGCGUUGCUAAUAAAUCACCCAAGAUGUCAGCCAAGAAAUCACCGACUAAAAAUAGCAACCCAUCAGAUUCCAGUAAACAGAACGCAAACUCUCAAGUAAAACAACAGAGUGAAUCAUCAUCUAAACCUGAUGAUAAACCAGAAGAAGGGAAUCAACAGAAGGAUAAUAAAAGAAAUGGUUCAGCUAAACAAGAUGCGAAUGAUAAAGAUAAGGAUAACAAGGAAGAUAAAUCGAAAGAUUCUGAAGAUAAGAAAAAAAGCAAAUCGUGUGUUAUAUUAUAACAAUACACCGACUUAAACAUACAUUACGCAAGAGCUAAAUCUGCCUAUUUCAGGUCUUUCUUUAGGCCUAAAAUGUUAUCUAAAUUAUUAAUUAGACAUUAAUUAACACACAAAGACCAUAAUCAACUCUCGAUGCCAAAGGAUGCCCCCGGUUUUAACUAGAUUAGAACGGUUCGCCAUUUAAUAAUUUAAUUUAAAAAUGGGAAAGCGAGGCUAAGUCUCGAAUAUAGCAGUACCCUGGUUACCACUAUGCACAAAUCUUGUCAAAACUACCAACAGUGAUAACUUGGCUCAGAAUGAAGUAAUUUGAAUGAAAUUUUCAGUAUUUUCAUUUUACAUUAUCUAUUUUUGAGCUAUUAUAGCAAGACUCUAAGCUCUUUAGCUAAAUCUUACAUAAUGUAUCUUUAAAUGAUCAUGAUCACUUUAUAUACACAUAUGGGAUACAAACUAUCGUUAAUAGUUAAACAUACAUUAUGCAAGAGGUAAAUCGGCAGGUCUUUCAUUGUGCCUGAAAUGUUAUAUAAACUAUUAAUUAGACAAUCAACUCUCGAUGCCGUCUUAUGAUCGUGGCUAGGCCUAAAAUUCAAUUGCUAAUAUCUCGGUUCAGAUCGGAGCCAUUUGACUGAAAUUUACAGCAUAUUCCCUUUUACAUUAUUUAGUUUUAACAAUUAUAGUAAGAACAGCCAGUCCUUUAUCUAAUCUUCCAUAAUGGCCCUUUAAUGUUUGGUAACAAAGAAUAUCGGGAUACUUUACCCGUAUAUAUUGUUGCCAAAUUUCUGAUAAAAACAAACGUAUUGUAUAUUGUAAUUCCAGAUCUCAGUGAAGUUAUAUAUUAGUAUUAUAUAUAAUUGUUCACAGUGGAGAAAUUUUCUAUUUGUAUUCAGUGAAAGAUUAUAUUUGUGGUAUCAUUGUCCACUGUGAUGUUUCAUAUUUGUAUUAUAUAUUGUUGACUUGAUAUUUUAUAUUUUAAUUAUAUAUUUUUAUUAUUUUAGAAUUAUUUAGCAAACAAAUUGUGAUAUUUAAACUGAUAUUUGUGAUAUUUGAGUGCAACUCAAGCUAUUUUCUUAAUAAAUUUAGUUAAUA